UGAAAUCAGCUCGGUGUGCAGAUCGGAAUGUUUUUUGACAGCCGGAAAAUUUUAUAAAUAAAAAGGAAACGUCAAAGUACAAAGUACGGGCAGAUGAUAUGUAAACAUUUUAAAAGAUAAAAGGUAAAAUGGCAAACAGUGCGAAUUUUGCACAAAUUCUGCAACCGAAGCCGUCAAUAUUUGAAAUUGUGGCAGCAGAAUCCUUGGAUAAAACACUUUUCCCAGCACUGAAUAAAAUAUUUGAGUUCAUAGAUGUGCUCAGCCGGGGGAGAAUUAGCUAUUUUACGCAAUCUAUAGACGAGAUUUGUUUAGCUGCAAAUGGAUUACUUCAAUAUAUUUACUUCUAUGGACAUGAUACAUCAUUUGGCGAAACUUUCUACGGAUUACAACGAAUACAUCGCAAUAAAGGAGAUUGCCUUAAAGUUUCAAAAGCUUUAUCUUUCUUAUCGUCAAUAUGUGUGCCGUACAUGGAAGUAAAAAUAAAAAAGUUGGAACUACUAUCACAGAAUCCUGUACUGAAGGUGUACAACAUCAUUUCCAUCGUAUACAAAUGUGCCAAAACCGUUCAAAUUUUUUCCUACAUUAUAAAAGUAAUCGACUCACAUUCACCAAUCUUAUCCUUGCUGAAUAUGUCACUAACAUAUUCUGAUCCCAAAGAUGAGGACAAAAAGUUAAGUGCAACCCUUUUGAAGGCAGUUGAAGUCUUAGCAUUUUUCCUACAAUUUAUUGAGCUUUGGUAUUCUAGUUCGAACAAGCAAAAAAUUACAGACAUUCCAAAGCCGAAGGUGUGUCGCAAGAUUAUUGAAACGAAAAUGAUAGGAAUGUGUCCUAUUUGCCUGCAAAAAGUGUCGUUACCUACAAGUAGCUCAGUUUCUGGGUUUGUUUAUUGCUGGAAAUGUAUAGCAAAUCAUUUACAACACCAAAAACGAUGUCCAGUAACAAACUACCCCAUGGAUUUUGGAGAUUUAAUUCGAAUCUACGAUACAUAACGAUUGUAAAUGUAGAUCGUAGUUGUUGUUAUUUUUAUAAUGGUUCAACUUUUAUAAUAAAUUUGGUGAAAAACAAA